GGGUGUGUGACCGCGGGAGAAAAUAUGAGUCGACAAUUUGUCACCGUCUACUAACUACUGCGAAUUAACUUAAUCCGCAGACAUUAUUAUUUGAACAGUAACGUACACUUAGCACCCAUGUCAUAUAUCCUACAGUCUUCUCUCACUCAGUGUAACUGUGUUGAUGUUAGCUAGCUGCCCACUAAAUACAUUGACUGCUCUGAGAAAAAAAAAUCAUUAUAAACUCAUUAGUUGGCUAUAACGCUAAGCUAACCUUCGACUCUCCUAGAUACAGUAACACGGAAGAGGAGAUGGCCAAAGGAAAGGCAAAGAACAACAGUAGUGACAGCUUAGCUCCACCACAGCCUCGGUCACUUAGGUCAAGGAAGAGAGAGUAUCCAAGUGAGGAAAUAUCUGAGACUGAUGAUGUUCAGGCUCCUCUCCAUCAUCAGGACACUGAAAGAACCAAUUCAGCAGAGGAUGCCAAACUGCUACAGUGCGAGCAGUUCCCUCUGCAGGAAUCUACUAUGACUUCAGCUCAACAGCAUCAGGCAGCAGAGCAGUCAUGUUUCAUCAAACAACAUCCUGCCACCGAAGAAGAAAAUGUGGAAGCAACAAAUGAUAAAGCUACCGAAGCAAAAAAAGAGACUACUGUCACCAAUCCCAACAAUGAUUCUGAGCCGCUGGGCUUUAGAGAACAGACUGAUGAUGAUGCCAACCGGAGUGGGACAGACAUGGAGAAAAUAACCACAGAGGAAUGUAACAGGUCACAGUCUCAAACAUGCACCGAUCAACUCCAGUUCCUCUUGCCAACCUCUGAAGAGGGUGACGUGUCCCUUGCAGCUGUUCUGGAGAAGCAUCUAGGAUCGAAGGAGAACUCGCAGAUAAGGCAAGAAAGCAGCCCUGAGGAACAAAGCAGUGUGUACGUGAAUGAUGUGAAGGAGGUCACAAAGGAGGCACCGGCAAAAAAGAAGCGACGCAUGGGUAUGUGUGGUCUGACAGAGAAGGAGCGGAGUCAUUUUCUUCAGACACAAAAGCGUGAAAAUGGGCAGAACGGACUGGACAGAGCUGAGAAGCAGAUUUGUAAUAACAGUGCUGACCUUGUGGCUCACGAAGAUAUUAAAUCUGCACCCCAUUUACCCUCGCCACUAUCCAUCUCAGGAAGCAGCGUCACAGAGCAGAAGGAGGCAGAGAAAACACUUCAGUCCAGUCACUGUGGAGAACAUGACAGGGCAGAAAAAGAGGUCCAUACUGCUGUCACUACAUCAGAUGGAACUAGUGCUGAGUGUGAAUCAGGCUGCUCAAAGCACAAGAGUUGCGAGACUGAAAGAGGCCCAAGAGCUCCUUGUCUGGAACAACCUGGUGACAUGAAGUCAGAUCAGCCCGCAGAAGAGGAGGUUUGGGGGAGCCAAGAGAAGCAGGAACAAUCAGCUAAGAGUAUGGCUGAAAAACCUCAGGAGCAAAUGAAAGACGGAGGAGAUGGGUCAGCAUUACUGGACCAAAGUCCUGACGUCAGUUUUUACUGUAAUCCAACACAAAACGAUGAACGUGAAGACCAGGAUGCAAUCGAGGCUGCCCCUCCGCAGGUGAAUAGUAUGACCAAGACAAGAGAUGAGAGAAAAGAAGAGCUGACUUGUGAUGCUGGGGAUGGUGACCGUGCUGAAGCAGGUGCUGCAUCCACACACUCCGUGUCUGGAGGAUUCAACGGGGGCUCAGUGGAGCUCUGCCAGGCUGGAGUGUCACCCGGUGGCUCAGAGAGGAAAGACAGCUGUGAUCCUGAUGAUGAACCUGGUGCGGGUCUUUCUACUGUGAGCGCCGAGCAGCCUCAGACUAAGGACACCAUGGACCUGAUUGGCUCUUUGUACUUGGAUUACGUGUCGGAUUCUCAGCUGAACACCAUUGCUCUGAUUGAGGAGGAGGUGAUGGAGCGGGAUGAAGACCGUGUUUCCCCAGAGUGUCAUGAUGCUACAGACCUGAUCUGUGGGCUCAUCAGAGAACUCUCCUCUCUAAACCAAAAGGUCAUGGCCACUCACAGAGAGUUGGAGAACCUGCGCCGCAGCAGUAAAACAUCAAGGAGCUCAAAACUUUGAGGAUUUCAAGUCCCUGCCACCCUGAUCUUACAGUCGCCCCUCUGGUUUGUGGGUAAUGACGGCACUCCAAACGUUUAAAUGUGUCACAAUGAAUACAUGUUCACUCUUUUUGCAUCUUCAACUGCUUUAGUGGCUUAGUUGUUUCGGUUCGCCUCAAAUAAAGCUGGCUGUUGUUUAUUCAGUCAGUACUAUGAGUAUUUUUCUGUAUCGCCUGAUUAGUGGCCAGUUUUUAAUUCUGUCAAACUACAGAUUUGGGGAGUGAAGACCAAAAAAAUUAAUUAAUUAAUUAAUUAAUAAAUACACAGAUGUAGUCAGUUUAGACAUUUAUAUACUUAUGGCACACAAAAUUUUCCACACAGAAAUAUGUUCACACAAUUUUUUCCACAAAGUCAGAAGAUCUGGAAUGGCAUCACAGAAGAGCCACAUACACAGUUUUCAAAAUAAACAAGCUUAGAAAACAGGUACUUACACCUCAGAACUAGAACAGGUCACUCAUGUUUCUAAAAAGUUAAAAUGCUGACAUGGUCACAUGAUGUUUACUUGCUGUAAUAAAAUUAUCACUUAUGA